AUGGAGAGUCUUAGUCUGCAAUCACUUGUUCCAGAUGAUGAGCUGAUGGUUCGCAAGUCUGAAGAGUGUGAUACAACGAUAAAAGAGAGAGUUGCGGAACUGAUGGAGCAGAUAAGAAGCAUGUCCAAGGAUCCUACUGACAUCUUGCAAACUAUGAAUUUGGUCGAUUCAAUCCAGCUUCUUGGAUUGGAUUAUCGCUUCGAGAAGGAAAUAAGUGAAGCGUUAAACCAUAUCCAUGAUGCCCAUAUUGACGACCAUGAUGUUUUUAACAAGUUCAAAGAUGAGGAAGGAAAUUUAGUGUCCACCGUGAAGGAUGAUCCAAAGGGACUUUUAAGCUUAUACAAUGCGGCUUGUCUACGGAUACAUGAGGAGACCAUACUCGAUGAAGCUAUUUCUUUUACAAGGGACCAGCUUGCGUCCAUGUUAAGUGAUCUCACACCACCAUGGUGGAAUGAUUUAUUCCUCUCCAAAAAUCGAAGUUUUGCACGAGAUCGAGUGGUGGAAUGUUAUUAUUGGAUGCUUACGGUGUACUUUGAACCUCACUAUUCUCGUGCACGAGUGAUUACCACCAAGGUGAUGACCAUGACUUCCAUCUUGGAUGAUAUCUAUGAUCUCUAUAGCACAUUGGAGGAGAGUCAACUACUCACUGAAGCAAUUCAAAGAUCGGUCAGAGCUGUUGACUGUGCUGCAAUUAAAGCACACAAUACUGUAGGAGGGCUUAAGCAAGAUAUGGAUUCUGCAGUCUUUAAUAAUGCUACUCUUCGUAUGAGGCUGAAGGUUGUGGAGUUCAGCUUCAUCCCCACACAACUGAACACUACUGCUCACAAUCAUCUUUAUAUGAAAGAUUUAUCUGAAGCUUAUUUUGAGGAAUCCAAAUGGAGUGCUCAACAUUGCGUGCCAACUUUGGAAAAAUAUCUACCUAUUUCCCUCAUAAGUUCAACAUAUCCUAUACUCGAAUGUGCUUCUUUUGUUGGAAUGGGAGAAAUAGCAACUAAGGAGGCAUUUGAGUGGAUUACUAGUUUCCCAAAGAUUGUCCAAGCUGCUGCAAUAAUUGGUCAUAUCAUGAAUGACAUUACAUCACAUGAGUUCAAAGAUGAGGGAGGGAGUUUCAUGUCUACCUUGGGGAGUGAUGUGAAAGGACUGUUAAGCUUGUACAACGCAGCCUAUCUUGGGACUCAUGGGGAGAUCAUUCUUGAUGAAGCCAUCUCUUUUACGAGGAAUUACCUAGUGUCUGCAUCAGCCGAUCUUAAACGACCAUUAACAACGCAAGUGUCUCUCGACCUCGAGACACCUCUGUAG